GAGCCUGUUUUUUGGUUUGGUUUUUUUUAAAAUCCUGUCAUGGGGAGAUAAACUAGGCCAAUAAAGCAUUUCUUUUCCAUAUCAUGACAAAUUUAUCAGAGCAGACACAGGCAGAGCAGCCUCUGUAAAGCAGUCACCCGGGACUCCAGACGCCUUGGCAUCCUCUUCCCUUGCCUUCCUGCUGCUGCUGGAGGGAGGCAUGUUCUCCCCGUCCUCGCCGCCUGACGGGCUACAGGAGAGGGUCUUCCAAUACAUUGAUCUCCAUCAGAAUGAAUUUGUACAGACGCUGAGGGACUGGGUGGCCGUGGAGAGUGACUCGGUGCAGCCCCUGCCCCACCUCCGACGGGAGCUCCUCCGGAUGAUGGCCCAGGCUGCAGACAAGCUCCGGCACCUGGGAGCCACCGUGGCCUCUGUGGACCUGGGAUCUCAGCAGCUGCCUGAUGGUCAGACUCUCCCAAUACCUCCCAUCGUCCUGGCUGACCUGGGGAAUGACCCCAAGAAGCCCACCGUGUGCUUCUAUGGCCACCUGGACGUGCAGCCAGCUAGGCCAGAAGAUGGGUGGCUCACGGACCCCUACGAGCUCACGGAAGUGGAUGGGAAACUUUAUGGACGAGGAGCCACAGACAACAAAGGCCCUGUGUUGGCGUGGAUCAAUGCUGUGAGCACCUUCAGAGCCCUGGAGGAAGACCUCCCUGUGAAUACCAAAUUGAUCCUUGAAGGGAUGGAAGAAGCCGGUUCUAUUGCCCUGGAAGAACUUGUCCAAAAAGAAAAGGACCGGUUCUUUGCCGGUGUAGACUACAUCGUCAUUUCAGAUAAUCUGUGGCUCAGCCGGAGGAAGCCCGCACUCACCUACGGAACCCGAGGGAACAGCUACUUCACUGUGGAGGUGAAAUGCAGAGAUCAGGACUUCCAUUCGGGAACCUUCGGUGGUAUCCUCAACGAACCGAUGGCCGAUUUGGUCGCUCUCCUCGGUAGCCUUGUGGACUCAUCUGGCCACAUUCUGAUUCCUGGAAUCUAUGACCACGUGGCUCCUCUUACUGAGGAGGAAAGGAACAUGUACAAAGCCAUAGAUUUGGACCUGGAAGAAUACCGGAAUAGCAGCCAGGUUAAGAAAUUUCUGUUUGACACCAAGGAGGAAAUUCUGAUGCACCUGUGGAGGUACCCUUCUCUUUCUAUUCAUGGGAUUGAAGGCGCAUCUAACGAGCCUGGAGCUAAGACAGCCAUACCUGGCCGAGUUGUGGGAAAAUUUUCAAUCCGUCUGGUCCCUCACAUGGACAUGUCUGUGGUGGAUAAGCAGGUAAAGCAGCAUCUUGAAUAUAUAUUUUCCAAAAGAAAUAGUUCCAACCAGAUGGCCGUCUCCAUGGUAUUAGGACUACACCCGUGGAUCACAAAUGUCAAAGAUAAUCAGUAUCUUGCAGCAAAAAGAGCCAUCAAAACAGUGUUUGGAACAGAGCCUGAUAUGAUCCGGGAUGGGUCAACCAUACCAAUUGCCAAAAUAUUCCAGGAUGUUAUCCAAAAGAGCGUGCUGAUGAUGCCGCUGGGGGCCGUGGAUGACGGGGAGCACUCUCAGAAUGAGAAAAUCAACAGGUGGAACUACAUAGAAGGAUCCAAAUUAUUUGCUGCCUUUUUCAUAGAAAUGGCGAAGCUGCCUUAAUAAUGACAGGACCCUGACCGCUUAGGUCCUGACGUGGCCCUGACACCUCAUCUCUCCAUCUGGUGACUGUCAGGAUUCACACCACCUGUGCUUUUAUCACACAUUCCUUUUAUCUGAGGAAUAAAAAUAUUGGUCUCCUCCGUCAGUGCCCAUGGUGUCAAGAGUUGCUAAAGCCUCACACUAUGUGAACCUCUGCUUCCCCUUCAUUUAUAUUUCCUGCUUCUUGAGAAGGUCUGAAAUGGAAACGGUCCAUAUUCCAAACCUUAAGCCAUUGGGAUUACUUGUGUGAAGAUGAGGACUUUUUAUUCCGAGCUUCUUUACCUUUGCUGUGAUUGUUGCCGACCACAACCGCCCCUGCCUCCUGUUCUUUCUCCCAAGCCCCCCACUAAAGGCCUCUCUCCCCAGCAUCAUCUGCAUGCAUGUGCGUCCCCACAGCAAAAUCAAUCCUGGUAGUUUUCUCCCACCCCUCUGGAAUAUUGCCCAACGACAACAUCUCAAUUGCUCAAAGCUUUUAAUAGCAUCCAUUUUAGAUAGAGAACUAAUCAGCCCUGACACCAGUAACACAUUCUAAAUUUAAAGCCAUCAGCUAAUGUUGCAUUCAUUAAUCAUUUUAGUUAACCAUCUUGUUUGGCCUGAUUGAAUUUGAUGGUGUAAACAAAAAAUAGAAUGUAAUUUUUCGACAGCUGAUUGUUAUGUAAACAAAUCAGUUCAAUCUUUAUAAAUUCAUUAUUUAAAUCA